AUUUUUUUAUUCGCUUUUCAGCAACACAUUAUUGGAUGGUAUUGCCAAAACACGUUUACGACUUUAGAAAGUAUCAUUUGUUAUCUGAUACUCAUCUUGACUUACGGGUCACUUAUUCCGUAUCUAAUUUGAUCUGAAAGCAAUAGAUCCUUGGAUGAUUUGCCAAAAUUUCAUUGUCAACUUCAGAAAGUCGAGCAUUUCAUCUGUUAAACAAUCAUCUUGACCGGUGGAUCACCUAUGCGAUGAAAGGCGAAGAACAGUGAUCAUUUCAAAUAAAUAAUCUUUAGAAAAAGGUCCAUACUAGACUGAAAGAUCUUUCAGGAAAAGAUCGUUUUAUGACUCUACACCACUAGGGUGAAGAUCUGAGGGCGAGAGGAAAUCCUGAAGCACUUUAAUUUGGCCUAGCCUAAACAUGUCUGAUAGAUGCUCGGAAUCAAGGCGCACAGUCGAAUUCGUAAAGGAAUGUCCUGGUAAUAAAGCAGAAUGGAACGAACGUAAAGUAUUAAAGAGUUGCCACACUAUCACAAAUACAACAUGCAACUAUGGAAGACCUCUAGAAUAUCAUUGUCUACUAAAUCCACACAGAAACGAAAGUAUGGAAGUGUGUGCACCAGACACAAUCAUACCGAAAGAUACUUGCCCCGAGUAUAGCUUAAAAGGAGAGCGCAUCAAUGGCGUCUUUAAUUGCAGUACAAAACUAGGAUCAAGCUGUCCGAAAAAGCAGUACCAUUCUAACACAGUCAUCGAAUAUAGAAGUUGUAUAAAAGAAACAAGAUUUCCCAUAGAUGUACCAGAUCAAACUUCAGACGGAGGUGAUCAACUAGCAGUCAUUUUAUGUAGUUCUAUUGUUGGGAUUGGAAUCAUUGCCACUUUAUGUUUCCUCCUCUACAAAUAUAGGAAAUACCGGGCACGUAGGACGGAAGACGGAUUUUGUUCAUUCCUUCAACAUUCCAGUCAAUGUAAUCCUACAUGUUUAAGACGUGAAGAUGAUGCUCCGGAGAAUACACAACUUUUAGAGGACAUCAAUAUUUUACUGGUGGGAAGGACUGGGAGUGGCAAGAGUUCGAGUGGGAACACAAUUUUAGGCCGGGAGAAGUUCCAUACAACGUUGUCAGCUAGUUCUGUUACAAAACGAUGUGUAAAAGAGCAUGUCAGACUAGAAGAACAAAAUUUUUAUGUUAUAGACACGCCUGGACUUUUUGACACAGAUACAAAAGAGCAACAGUUCAGGUCAAUGUCAAAAUUAAUUAACGAUGAUUCGCCGCCUAUCAUCAUUCUUGUUAUAGCGAUUGGCAGUAUUCGGCCUGAAGAUUUGAAAACAUUAGAUAGAAUAUCUGAACAUUUCGGAGAUGAUUUGAAAAGACGGGGCAUUGUAUUAUUUACGAAAAGGGACCAUCUGAAUACUGACGGUAAAACCUUAGAUAGUUACUUGAACACCGCUCCACAGAAAUUAAACGAUAUGAUAUCAGAAUUACGUGGUCCAUUGGCAUUUGAUAAUACUACUGAGGGGAGAAAAAAUAUUAACCAAGUACGAGAUCUGAUUUCUGAAAUACGAAGUCUCAAAGCAACAGGGCUGUACCAGAACAACUAGAUAAAUCCUCUUUCACCAUGAAAAGCUGUGCUACAUGCAAGCCUAUUUUGACGCCGAAUAUGAUCAAUCAAUCGACAACACGGUUGUGUUUAUUUUAUAAUAGCGGUCAGAGAGAGGAUGGCAAUAUACUAAAAAAAAAACAUAUACGGUAACCGAUAUGUUAUGCAUAGUUGUGGAUGAAUACACCAAAAUCUGCCUCGAAACAAAAAUUCCAGUUUUAAAA